AUGGCCGAUUCGGUAGACGAGAUCAACGUCACCUACGAGGAACUGGCAGAGCUCGAGAAGGAAUUUGACGAUGUCGACACAGAGAUAGUCCGCCAACAAGUUGCGCUCACCAAGCCGCUAUAUGAGAAGAGGGCCAAGGUCAUUGCCAAGAUCCCCAACUUCUGGGCCUUAGUCAUUGAAGCAGCACCCCAGGACAUCGACCAGUACAUAUUCCCAAGUGACUCGGCCGCACUCCUGUCCAGCGUCACCAACCUCUCAGUGUCUCAUUUUGAGAUUGAAGACGGCAGCAACGGCGACCCCCGCAGCAUCUCUAUCAAGUUCGAGUUCGAGGAGAACGAGUUCUUCGAGAACAAGGUGCUCGAGAAGAAGUUCUGGUACCGCCGCUCUAAGGAUGGCUUUGCGGGGCUAGUCAGCGAGCCCGUCCCCAUCAAAUGGAAGGCUGGCAAGGAUCUGACUGACGGGCUCUUGGAUAUGGCCGUCAACGUCUGGGAGCAGGAUAAGAAGCAGGGACAAGCCAACGGGGACAGCAAGAAGCAGUCGAAGGCCAAGGAUUGGAGGCCCGACCAGAAGGCACUUAAGGAAAAGAUCGAUGCUAGUGGCCUCGGCGCAGUGUCCUUCUUCUGCUGGUUCGGAUACCGCGGCGAGCACGUAUCUGCAGAGGAAAGUCGCAUCGCAACCGAGGAAGAGAAGAAACGACGAGCCGACAAAGCUGCAGGCAAAGAUGACGAAGCUCCUGAGCUUAAGGAGGCUGACGAAGACGAGGACGAGGAUGAAGAAGAUGACGAGAACGACCCUGAUGCUCUCGAGAUCUUCCCCGACGGUGAUGAGCUGGCUAUCGCUUUCAGCGAGGAUCUCUUUCCUAAUGCCAUCAAGUUCUUCACCCAAGCUCAGGAAGAGGAUGCUCUCAGCGAGGUUGACUUCGAGGAGGACGAUGAGGACAUGGACGAUGACGCCCCCAUGCUCGUCCAAGGGGAAGAUAAGAGUGAUGAUGAGGCACCACCGUCGAAGAAGCGAAAGCCGUAA